GUUACUGAUUCUUUCUUCAAAUAGUACUUGGAAAACCCACACUUUUUCCCCCAAGAAGUUAGAAAUGGUAUUGAACAUGAUCAAAAUAACAAUAUUCAUCCUUCUAACUGGACUGGGUAUGGUGGGGAAUAUAUUUGUUUUUGUAAAUUAUAUGUGCGUGUCCUGUAUGGAUCCUGGAAAGAAACCUAUACGUCUUAUUCUCAUCCAUUUGACUAUUACAAAUGUCAUAAUGCUUUUUUCCAAAGGAAUGCCAAAGACGGUAGCAGAAUUUGGCUUGGAAAACUUCCUCAAUGACACAGGCUGUAAGAUUGUUGCUUGUCUGGAGCGAGUGGCCCGGGGCCUCUCCAUCUGCACCAGCAGUCUCCUCACCGUGGUCCAGGCCAUCACCCUGAGUCCCAGACACUCCAGGUGGAGGAGGCUUAAGCUAAAGAAUCCAUGGCACAUUCUUCUCUUCUUUCUCUUCUUUUGGAUACUCAACCUCUUGAUAAGCAUAAACUUGAUCCGUUCUAUCCUGAGUAGAAGCAAGAACACAUCACAAAGUAGUAAAAGUGACAAGUAUUGUUACUUUCUACUAAAAAUUCGGGGGGAAAACUGGCUUUUUCUCAUUUUCAUGGCUCUGAGAGAUACCAUGUUUCUGGUUGUCAUGGGCGGGGCCAGUGUCUACAUGGUGCUGCUUCUGCACACACACCACCAGCGUGUUCUCCACCUGCAGAACAAGUUCCUCCGUAAAGCUCCUCCCGAGAUCAGAGCUGCUCAGAGUGUUCUCCUUCUGAUGCUGAGUUUUCUUUUCUUUUACUGGACAGAUUGUGCCAUUUCUUUAUAUGUAACUCUCUCCUUAGAGAAAGAUUUCCUAGCAGUGAGUGUACGAGAAUUUCUGACCCUUGGUUAUACAAUUGUCAGCCCAUUUGUGCUGAUUCACAGAGAUGGACACCUGGCUGAAUACUGGCAUGCUUAG